AUGAUAUUUUUUGUAUGGUCGCUUGUGUUAUCUGCAGUGCAGUUUGCACGACGUCAACGAUUAGUAUCAGUAUUAUCGGAGUAUUUCAUUUGGAAUCUUUCACAUAAUUCAGUACUUUUAUGUCGUAAAAUUCCUUGUUUUUCGUGUUCUUCAAGUAAAAAAAAAAGUUAUGAAAGAUUAACCGAUACUGUGGAUAUGCUAAGAAAGACAAGUAGUGAACCAUGUCUUCCAGGUGAACUUAUUACAAGACCAAUUUAUCGUAAUGAAGAAAUGGAAUUUGUUGUUCAGUCAGAUGCUACACAAUUGGAUAUUGUGGACUGGAAUAUAUUUACUCCACCGAUUCAUGGUUCUAUUCCACGUGUUCAUUUUAUUGCUUUUUUGGAUAAGAAAACUGAUGAAUAUAACGAAACUUUGGAUGGUAUUACUGUUACCGAUUCAGUAGAUAUCAUCGAUGAACAAUCAAGCAUAAUCAGUAAUACUAUUUUCUCUUCCGGUUUACCAUCAGUUCUGAUUGGUAAUUUAUGUAAUAAAAUUGCUCAUCGACGUGGACGUCCAUGGGAAAUCCUUUAUGAAUGUACAUUAUAUGAUUUUUAUGAUAUUGCUUUUGCAUGGUCACAGAAUAUAUUAUUUGAUAUUGGUGGUAAAGCAGUGGUUAAAAUGAUGAAAGUGGUAACAUUGCCAGCGAAAUUUUUUCUACAACUGGAUGAUAGUAACAGUUUACAAAGUCUAUCACCAGAGCCACUUUCAUUACUGGAAUUACUUUAUGAACGAGAACAUAGUUGUAUGAUGGAUAAAGAUGAUUGCCGGAAUUUUUACGAUUCUUCAGUUUUAUCAUCGUUUCAUAAUAAUGAUUCAACAUUACAUUAUGAUAAUCGGCAAGGAUUUCCUGCUCCAUCUAUAUUAUCAGUUGAUACUCCAAACAAUGACUACUUUGGAUGUGUUAGGAGAUCUAAUUUAUCGAGAUCGAGAGCAUGUUCUGUUUCACUUGAACGAACCAAAACAGUACUGAAUGAAGCUGCUUCAUUCUAUAUCAGAUAUCUCAAAGAGCAAAAUAAAAUGAACAAAAGUUACUCAAAAAGUCAACAGUUUGGUUCGAAAACAAGAUUUGCUCGUGUUGAACAACACAUGUUGCAUUCUUCUGUAAAUUCAUUAUGCAAUCAGAAAAGAGAAUUACGGGAAAUGGAUGGUCAUGCGAACUGUUUGCUGUCAAGAGUCUCGACUGAUGUCGUUCCGAAAGAAAUCAACGGUCAACUUUUCAUAGAUUACAGUUCAGUACACGUUGAUGAUGCUAAUACACCAGUUAAACUUACGAAAGACAAUGUUUGUAAUAUCGGAAAAUAUCAGUUUCCAAACGAGCUGAACCAUCCUUCUUCAGUCGAGCAGAAUUUAAUCUCGAAUAAAAUGGAUCAAAUUCAACUCCAAUUGAAAGAUGAUCGCAUUACAUCAGAUCAGAUUAUUAGUUACCAAAAUCGAGUUCAAAUGAAACCUAGCCAGAUUUUGAUUCGAUCAGAUCAAGGAACAGCUAUUGGAAAAGUUGAAAAUCAAAAUACUUCAAAUGCUGGAUCUAUAGGUAAAACUGAGCGAAAGCAAUUUUCAAAAAGGAUUGUAAAUGCAAUUGCUCCUGAAAAAAACGAAUCAAAUUCAUCAACUUCGGUCAACGAGGGUGCGUGUAAAUUUUUAUCAGCAACAGAUUGUUAUAAUAUCUUUCCAACUUCUGCGUUGAUUCAAUCGCCAUCAUUAUUUCUGAGCUCGAAAGAACAAUCAGUAUUAUUGAGUAAAAAAAUGUUUCGAAUUUUUAACGGUUCUCAUUUGCAUACAGCAAAAGAUGGCGGAAAAAUUCUUACGAAACCUUUAAUGAUUUUGGUAUUUACUGGUGACAAUGAUGAUUUGUUUAAUCGUAUCUUAGAGACUCUGAAUACGAUGAUACCAUCUGAUACUCAUACUGUUUAUCAUUUAUCAUAUGAAGCAUUCUGUAAACAUCCAUGGAUUGGACAAAAUAUUGCAUGCUUGAUUGUAGCUGAUACAUCACAUUUGGAUGAUAAAUGUUGGAUUCGACUUCAGCAAUAUUUUAGUUGUUCAGGCAAAAUUCUCUUCCUAUGUCAAAAUAAGCUUUUGGCAAGUUUAUCGGCUUGUGACAAUUCAAAAAAGACUACUAAAUUGCUGAAGAUGGCAUUUGGUGAACGACAGUCAAAGAAACUUGGAAAAGAUUUUGAACAUUUUCUAAAGAAGACUUUAAAAAUGUUACAUAAGGAGAAAAAGGUAAAUCAAACAUUUCAUGCAAAAGAUCUCUUUGGUAGUUGUAAAUAUUCUGUUGUGCUAUAUAAAACUGAAGAUAGUCCACUUUUGUUAUAUAUGGAAAAUGCAGCGCAACGUGCUAGUGCUCUAUUUAGUGAUGCGACAAGUGAGCAAUUACUUCAUUCCGGUUCAACACUUAUUGCUGAUGCUCUUUCACGUCUUUCCAUAAAAAUUACAACAAAUGUAGCAGUACCAUCUCUUACACCUGGAUAUUUUAUUUGUGAAUAUGAUCGAAUGCCAUGGGAUAUGGAAGGUAUGCAUUUCAAUGAACCAUUCGGUAGCAAACCAAAACUAUUGCUUAAACAAAUCAACAAGCAUGGACCAUUACCAGAGGUUUCAAACAAGUUACUUCCGGUUGAAGUUCGAACACGGGCAGAACAUUUACAUGAUUUUGAUGAUGAAAUUUAUUUUAAGAGACUUAAAACUGUGAGACUUGGCAAAGCUUUACUUUACAUUCCAGUAUGUGAGACAACAAUGGAUAUUGGAAAGAGUUUGGCAUGUGCAAUGCCGGAAGAGCCUAUUGUGAUCGUUGCACGACAACAAAUCAAAGGAGCGGGUCGAUCAGGGAAUCAAUGGCUUAGUCCGGUUGGAUGUGCCAUGUUUACAGUUAAUUACAUGUUGUCACCUGAAUCGUCUCUUAAUAAUAAUAUUAGCAUUAUUCAGCAUAUUUUCUGUGUUGCAAUUGUCAGUGGCAUUUGUUCACUUCGAAAGGAAUUAGAGAAUUUUCCGUUGAAAAUUAAAUGGCCAAAUGAUCUUUAUUAUGGUCGAACAUGUAAACUAGGUGGUUUAAUUGUCAAUGCUACAACAAUUAAUGACAGAACUGUUUGUACAAUUGGUGCUGGAUUGAAUUUGUCUAACAGUAAGCCAACUGCCUGCAUUAAUGAUUUCUUACCUGCAGAUUUAAGGAUACGUCAAGAGGAUUACAUUGCUAAUACCCUAAAUAAGUUUCAAUAUUACAUUGAUUUAUAUGAAAAUGAGGGUGAGAAUGCAUUUUUGAAGCAUUAUUAUCGAUUUUGGCUACACAGUCGAGAAGAAGUAACUAUUUCGAAUACUAAUGAAAAAGCUGUAAUUCGUGGACUGGAUCGUCACGGAUUUUUGAAAGUUCGUAGUCGUCAAAGUGGAAAAAUGAUGAUUGUACAUCCGGAUGGCAACACUUUUGACAUGAUGAAAGGUCUCAUCACAGCUAAAUAUGUUUGA